AUGGCCACGGGCAACCCGCCUGCCGUGCCACCAUCAGAUGGCGACAAUGAGCCACUCGAGGAGAGUGGAGGGGAAAGGCGGCAGCCUGGGAGGCCUGCUGCUUCAGCGGGAAUGACUGAAGAGGACAUGGUGGCCUUUAGACGCUUCCAGAGGUUUCUACGGAUGGAGCAGGGGCCAAAUCCAAGUCCUCGCAGAGGUCGCCGCGGACGAGAUGAAGAUGAUGAUGAUGAUGGGUAUGGUGACAAAGGACAGGCGGGGCCACCGCCGAGCUGGGACGGGUCGUCUUCCUUUGAGGACUUUUUGAUCCGUGCUCGCUUGUGGUUGGCAACUACCAAGGCAAAAGGAAAGGCCAGAGGACCCCUUUUGCUGAAAGCGCUCAGUGGUACGCCUUUCGAGACCUUCAAGCACCUAGCAAAGGAUGCGGCCUGGCUGGCUGAUGCCAACAACGCCAACACGUUGCUCGAGACCAUGGACAAACCGGAAUACUAUGGUGAUGAUCAACAAGAACACAUGCUCACGGCUCUCAGCCGUAUCACGUACCAUGUGAAGAGACAGAAGAAUGAACCAUGGCGAGACUUUUUCGCACGUUGGGAAGGAGCGAUGCGAAAAGUGAACCAGCAUCGCAUCAACCUCCCCUUGGACUACGAGGGCUUUUUGAUGAUCAACGGCCUUCAGCUCUCAGAGACUGACACGAAGGCCUUAUUGAACUUCACUCGAGGAUGCAUAAAGCCUUCGUCAAUCAAGGACUGGCUGCGGAAGAACGAGACACGUUUAGCGGCCAGUGAACUUGGUGCUGAGAAGGCCAAGGUCAACAAGGUCUACUUUGCCGAGGACGUCUUGGAGAAGGACCCCUACGACGAGACCGGCGACGAGGUGGACCAGGAGAUCGAGAUCUUGGAGAACUAUCUCACUGACUUGCAGGACGGCGAGGAGAUUGCGGAGCACGACGUGUUGGAGGAAGAGGACGCGGCAGAAAUCCUAGCAAUGAUGCUCAAGCAAAAGAAGACCUACAAGGAGUCUUCGCGUGAGAAAAAGGAAAAGGAGCUCUCCAGAGGUUAUGGAAUGCCUGGGAAGGGAGGCAAAGGUUUUGGAAAGGGCCUUGGAAAGGGGCGAAGUUUCAUUCAGCCCGGACAGUACAAGGUUUCCAUAGAAGAAAUCAAGAGGCGCACCAAAUGCAACAAUUGCGGAACCCUGGGGCAUUGGAAGAGAGAGUGCCCGUUGCCGCCCAAGAGUUCCAAUGCCAAGGUGAACGACACGCACCUUCUGGAAUCCUUUGAGGAGAUGGAGGAAGCGGUUUUCCUUGGGAUGCUUGAACAUCACCGAGCCGAAGGUGACCUGAGCGAGCCUGAGGUAGAGAUGUGGCCACAGUUCCUGGCAGUUUGGGACCGAAAGGAACUUUUCUUCGACCAGCAGUUUUUGAAGAUCCCGCUAGUCAUCAAGCACCUUUUUUGA